AGAAGAAGAAGCAGCAGCAACAGCAGAAGGCAUCCUGCUAUUUUGGCAACCGAGGCUGAACGUGUCUUCCGAAUAUGCAAACAAUGUUCCAAUGAUCCAACAUUUUGACACGCUCUCUACAUGGAAUGUCACCCCGCGCUCGCCAUGGCGGACUGUCGCUCUCUGUCGGACCCGGACCUCUCGGCUGAACACGACCGGCGCUGUUUUUUCGGCCACUGUUUGCGUAGCUAGCGUUAGCCACCUCGGCUAACACCACCGCUGUUCGAGCGAAAGGCAAGCCGGAGUUGCUUCGUCGCUAUGCGGCAGCCGACCGCAAAGUGAGGCGACUCCGGGACAGAGCUCGCAGCCGCCACCGAAGUAGGAACGAGUGAGCGCGGCAGUUAUUUUAAUAAUUGUCGGUAUGUUAGUUAACAAGUGGGGAGAGAGACUUUAGUCACGAUGUUAUGCCUGGCGAAGCGUUAGUUAACGCGGCGCGGAUGGAGCGUCGGCGGGCAGCGCGCCGCUGAAGGUCUCCCUUGACUCGGGCUCGGGGGUGACAGUGUGCGGGUACAACCAUGUCGUGCAAAGCCGCCACCAAGGACAAGAAGACGAGCUUCGGUAAGAAGUUGUUCAGGCGAGGCUCGGUGCGCUCCGUGGGAAGCUUUAUGAGCAGAGUCCUGAGGACUCUCUCAGCCUUGUCCCACUUUGGUUCGGAAGUGCAAACCGACGACGACAAGGAUGACGGAGGCUUCUCCGCGUUUCAAUCCGGACUUAAGGACGCCCCCGUGGACGACGGGGACCUCGGACUGUUCCUCUCCGGCGAGAGGAUUCCUGGCGUGGCCGGGCUGAAGAACCACGGCAAUACCUGCUUCAUGAAUGCUAUUCUGCAGUGCCUCAGCAACACGGAGCUGUUCGCAGAGUACCUCGUCCUGGAGCACUACAAGGAAGACGAGACCAACGAGGCGGACAAACCAAAGACAAAUGGCGUCCAUGUGCAGAAGAAAGGUCCCCUGUCCAAGGGGGAAGUGACGGAGCAAUUGUCUGGACUUGUCCGGGCUUUAUGGACUUUUGAGUACACCCCCCAGCACAGCCGAGAUUUUAAGAACGCGGUGUCCAAGAACGCCACGCAGUUUAAAGGGAACGCUCAGCACGACGCUCAAGAGUUCCUGCUGUGGCUGCUGGACCGAGUCCACGAGGACCUCAACACCGUCAAUCCCGUCGGCAGGCCAACCCUGAGGCCACCUAUCGAAGAUGAUGACCAAACCACAGACGGACCCUCCCCGCCCCUCUCGGCUGGCUCGUUUGUACAGGAGCUCUUCCAGGCUCAGUACAGGUCUUCCCUCACCUGCCCCCAUUGCCAAAAACAGAGCAAUACCUUUGACCCCUUCCUGUGCAUCUCCUUACCCAUCCCACUGCCACACACGCGGCCGCUAUAUGUCACAGUGGUCUACCAGGGGAAGUUCUCUCACUGUUUGAGGAUCGGGGUGGCCGUGCCGCUCAACAGCACCGUGUUCCGCCUCCGAGAUGCCGUUUCACGUGAGCUCAAGAUGCCAAUGGACCAGUUCAUUCUGACUGAAAUGUACUACGAUGGCUUCCAUCGCUCCUUUUGCGACGACGAUGACGACCUGGACAUCAUCCAAGAGAGUGACUCCAUCUUUGCCUUUGAGACGCCGGAGGCAUUUAAACUGGACAACCUACGCACAAAAAGAGGAAGUCUUCUGGCCAACCUGAACCACAACAACUUGAAGUACGGCGUGGAAAAUGGCCGCACGCCGUCUUUCAUGCAAGGGGCAGUGACUCCCGUGGCGUCACCAAAUAAGAACCUGGCGCCUGAGAAAAUGAUCCUGCUGGUGUGCAACAGAGCCUGCACUGGCCACCAAGCAAAAAGGUUUGGCUUACCUUUUGUACUGUACAUGGAGCGCACAGCCACCUGGGACACGCUGCAGAAGGAGAUUCUGGAGAAAAUGCGGCAUCUUUUACGACCUGGUGUCUACAUUCAGAUGGGGCCUUUCAGCCUUCGUGUGGUUGGUGUGGUGGGGAUCACCUACCUCCUCCCUCAAGACGAGCGACCGCUGUGUCACCCGACGGUGGACAGAGCAUACAAGUCGUGUGGACAGGGCGGACCGCCCCACGUGAAGAUUGUGGUGGAGUGGGACAAAGAGACCAAAGACUACCUGUUCGGACACACGGAGGAGGAGUACAUCCCAGAUGCCGAGAGCGUGUAUCUGCACAGAGACCAGCACCACCAGCCGCAGGCCUGCACGCUGGCUCAGUGUUUCCAGCUCUACACUAAAGAAGAGCAGCUGGCCCCGGAUGACGCCUGGCGCUGCCCCCACUGCACACAGCUGCAACAGGGCCGCAUCAAGCUCAGCCUGUGGACGCUACCCGAUGUGCUCAUACUACAUCUCAAGAGGUUCAGACAGGAGGGUGACCGCAGGGUGAAGAUGCAGAACAUGGUGAGGUUCCCUCUCAUGGGCAUGGACAUGGCUCCUCACGUCGUGAAGAGAAGCCAAAGCAGCUGGAGUUUACCCUCACACUGGUCACCGUGGAGAAGACCCUACGGCCUGGGAAGGAACCCUGAUGACUUCCUGUACGACCUCUAUGCCGUGUGCAACCAUCACGGGAGCAUGCAUGGAGGCCACUACACGGCCUACUGCAAGAACUCUGUUGAUGGUCAGUGGUACUGCUUUGACGACAGCGAGGUUGCGCCGGUGGCUGACGACGACGUGUGUCAACAGACCGCCUACAUACUCUUCUACCAACGCAGGACCGCCAUUCCCUCAUGGUCUGCCAACAGCUCGGUUGCAGGCUCGACCAGUUCUUCCUUGUGCGACCACUGGAUUAACAGGCUGCCCGGGAGCAGACCUGCUAGUCUAGCGUCCGGCGCCUCGUCUAGACGGACUUCACUGGCUUCGCUGGCGGAGUCGGUGGAUUUCCCCGGAGAACGUAGCGAAGACGAUGGUGGUUUCUCUGUCCGGCCCUUCGUGAGGAGCAUCCAACGUCAGAGCGUGACUUCCAGGUCAUCCAUAGCCAGCCAGUUGGCCUUCGGCGACAGCGGCGUCAAGCCCUCGUGGUCGCUCUCGGCCAAGCUGCAAAUUCGCUCCAACUCGCCCUCGCGCUUCUCCCUGGACUCGCGUUGCUCGCCGCCCCUCGAGAGGAUCGGCGAGGCCUGUGACGAUCGCGUGUCCACCUCCUGCUUCGGCAGCUACAGCCGGCACGAGCGCUACUUCGGUAGCAGGACCCCGCUGUCCGCGGUGGAGAGCAACUACGGCGAGCACGACAACAACAAAAGGUUCCUGGACAUGAUGUACUGCCGCGCUCCCACGCCUUUGGAGAAGACGACGGAAAACAACAACCAGAUUACAGCGAUAGACCAAAACAUUCAAAACGCCCCCUCCAAGGAGCAGAAGCGUAAGAGCAGCGCUGGCGGUUUUGUGUCCAAGGCAGAAAGCGCUGGCGCCACCAAAACCAUCAAAGCGGAGCCAGGAAAAACCUCCAAGAAGCGCCUGUGCUCGACCCACAAGCCCUCGCCCUCGGAGACGCCCACCAGCACACCUGUGAAAGGCAAAAAGCCCAUCGCCGCUAAAGAGAAGAGCGACAAGAAAAGCACGUCCACACCCAGCGGGACGCCCUCCAAAACCAAGGAGUCGCUCCCGCCUCCAGGUUCCAUUCCGCAACAUCGUCUUUGCGCGCGCUCAACGCCUCAGUCGUCAGCAACACCCUCUCCGACCGCCAAGAAGAACCCCAGCGUCCCGCAGAAAACCCCCGAGAACAGUCGCAAGCGCCUGGUGGAGAGGAGCUACAGUCGGGAUUCUGUGGUCAGCACUCAGCGAGUAAGCAUCGCAGCGCGCUCUUCCGUCCCCAAGGCGGCGGACAGCAGCCGGCUUGAGCGGAGGUCUGUGCGCAGCUCCAGCAGCAGCUCCUCCGUCACCAGCCUGCGCUCGCCCAGCGUCUCCACGAGAGACCUGCAACGCGGCAGCAAGACGGAGGAGAAAGGCUUGUCCUUCUUCAAGAGCGCCUUGCGACAACGGGAAAGCCGCCGGUCGGCCGACUUGGGGAAAAGCACGCUGCUCUUCAAAAGGGCCUCGGAGAGGACGUGCAAGCAGAACAGGCAAGUCAAUGAGGCCGGCGUUGAAUGCGGAAAAGCGGCGGACGCUGCGGCUUUCCCGCCGCCCGCAGACGCUCCAAAAUCUGAGCCUCUCAAGCCCGCGGGCUCCCUCGGUCGCUCCCUCCUGCACGUCGGCAAGUCCAAGUCUUCCUCCGCGGACGUGAGUAUCAAGUCUCCCGCUAACGGGAAGAAGCCCCUCGAAAAGAAGACGUCUUCCCGAAAGCUGUCGUUGGGCACGCAGCGGCCUCAGUGACGCGGCUAGCGUACGUACGCCUCUCUCUGAAUGCAGCUACUGUACAUUCUUUGUGCCUACCCUUCUACUCAUAGCGAUAAGGAUUCAAACUUGACACACUCGACCCCCCCCAAAAAAAAAAAAAAAUCCAAUUAAAUACAUACAUAAAUAUUUGAACUUUCAGGAAGGAGGAAUUAAAAUAAUAAUCUAGGCUGUAUUUCCACUGCAGGUCCAUGUGCCCGAUUCCAUUUUAAUGCCUACAUUGAACCUCUCGCUAUUUGGCAUUUGCAAAUUUUGCGGGUGAACAUAUUCUUUGUUAUUCGCUGGAAAAACUUACCGAUUUGCUGUUUUUGUGCUAAGGCCAAAGCAAUAAGUUUUGCGUACAUUUCAACUGACACAUAUCCAAUAUGGUUGUGAUUACACUGACGGAACACAAGAUGCUCAAACUGCACAUUAAUAACUACACAAAUGUCAACAUUGGGCAAUGACAACGCAAAAGUCAACAAUAUUACCUAAAUAAUAAAAAUGUUAUACCUUUCAUAGCAUUUAGUUGGACUUGGCUGACUCUUCCCCCAUUGGCUACCGUUGGUCAAUUAUUUUGCUUAUUUAUUGAUGGACACCCCUCUUAUAUAUCUUACUUAGACCAUUUUUAUUUAUCAAUGCUUUUACUGUAGUUUAGAUUAACAGCAGGUUUUCAUUUUAUGUGUUUAUUUUGUUUUUUUGUCCAGGUGCCGGUGUGUAUACAUCACCAGUCGUAUUAUGAUGUCGUCAGGCCAGGGUGUAUCCGAUCUGUGUCUUUAUUUAGCAUUUAGAAUGGCAGAUAUUUAAUAGGUAUCAUAUUUUCCCCCACAUUUGGAAGAUUCUGGAUUGUGGUUGACACUUGAGAGAGAGAGAAAAAUCUUUUUUAUUUUUUUACACAUGAAGCAUGCAGUGUAAAUCAGCCUAGGAAACUAAAUUUCACCGUAAUGAGGGCGUUUUCCACAAUAACAUUGCAAUGAUCUCUGCUGCAGUGGGGAACACACACAAACACUCACGGAAAGCGUUGCAUUCCUAGAUAUUUUUUAAUAACUUUUUGUUACAGAUUCAUUUAAUCAAACGCAUUCCUCCGUGCUAAACUAUGGAGGAAAAGGGAUUUGUCUCAACGAUUGAAAAUAAUUUCAUUAUGGGCAACAUAUGAACAUAUGAAAGUCCAGUUUGUCCAUGGGUUUUUAGAUAUAUUACAAUUAUUUUUGUUGAAAUUUUACAAUAGAAAUGUUUUUAUAUGAAUGUUUUUUUUCUUAAAAAAAGAGUUUUGGAAUGACACCCUUUAAAAAAAAAAAAAAAAAAAAAAAAAAAAAUAUAUAUAUAUAUAUAUAUAUAUACAUAUAUAUUAGCUAUAGAUGCGUCUGUAUAGAAGGUACAGUAUGUAGUAUGAACUGUUGUUUUUGUCUUUCCAAAAGAAAGAUGAUCUUAAGCGCCUUUUCAACACUAAUAACGCAAAACCGAUACUAGUCUACUACUGUAUGCAUCGCUGAGUAGGAAUGUUGUAUUAUUCUGCACUUUGAAGUAGAUGACUAGUUUCCUCUCCUCCAGUAACUCACGUCGCGAUAACACUAGAAACUUUAACUAUGUAAGCUUUUCACGUGUCUUCUCAGCAUCAUGUAGUUUCAUGCCUUAGACUUAGGACUAGAAUAAAAAGGUACAUUUAUGUCAUGUGACCCGACGCCCCUCUCCACGUGGUGCUGUUACCGGGACGUCGCUCCAAUCGGACCGAUCGAUUUAAAAGCAGAACUCAGUCGAACCCAAUCAAUCGGCAGCGUCUCUCCUAACUUGUGGUACCUCACUCUUUACAUGCGUUUUACUUCUUCGUAUGCCUGAAAAUGCAUAUAUAAUGGUAUCAUUACAUGUAUUUGUUAAUAUAACACUUCACGGCAUAAAAAAGAAAAAAAUGUCCUCGUUCUGACCCAUUUACUUUUCCACUAACCAAACAGAACUUUUUUUUUUUUUUUGACCUGUGAGUGGCAGUAUGGUGCCACAGUGUAUCCUGACUGCUGGAAAAUACAAAGAAGAAGAAAGGAAAGCGGGAGCUUGGCUAACUGUUGGCUCAUUGGAAUGUAAGUACAGUGGAACCUCGAUUUAACGGACUAAUGGGGGGUUCGUCCGUUACAGCCGAUUCUCUGUUAAAUGUAAACUUUUCCAAAAAAAAAAAUCAUGGCUUAAAUACAACCACAGUAGAAAAUUGUUUUGAACUUUUUUUUUGUGGCCUAAAACACUCAAUACAGUACAAAAUGACUGUAAAUAAAUAUAAAAAAGCUUGAAAAUGUUUGAAAAGUUUUAAGGUUUAUCCAAACAUACCUCCUCCAGCCGGGAUUUGAACCCUUGGACUGCCGUUUUCACGUGUGCAGCGGGCGCAAGAGCACAUGGCUAAUUUACAUGUGAUUUGCAUGCGUCCUGGCGCAUAUAAAUUAACCAUGUGGCUCGCUCACUUAAAUCGUCAAAACGAGGUUCUGCUGUAACGUCGAGAAUUGCGCCUUAUGUGACUUUAAUCGGAAGGAGAGAAUAUUUUCAACUUCUGCCUGAUUAUCGGUGUGUAGUAGCUCACUUUAGCGCAGACUAUACCCCGGCGCCAAACUAUACCACAUGAUGUAGUGUAAUGUGAGCUAGUCAGGAUUGGGUUAAAGUGGACUGGUUGAGCAAAUCGGUAAUGGAUUAGCCCGCAAACUAUCGAUGGGUAUAUUAACAUUAUAUUAUAUUAACAGAGUUUACCCUUAGUCUAGUCGCUACAGUGGUGUUGAAAUGCAACCUUAAAAGAGACAUAUUGGGAAUGUUUUUACAAUAUAAACAGUUUCCAGGUGUCUCGAUAAAAGGUAUCUGACAUUCUUUGGUCAAAGCACACGAAGGAUAAAGAAUUAGAGCACACAUUGGUCAAAGUCUUAAGGGGAGCGGUCUGUCUCAUGUAAAAGAUGUGUAUGCCUUUCGGGGUGAAGGGACGAAGCGAGGGCUAUUCAGUGUUGCUUACUAUAUUUACUUUUCUGACCCCUCUGACUUUUUUUUUUUCAACAUCUAUCAACUUUUCCUUGCGUUAUUGAAAAUUUAAAUUGCAGCAAUCACGGUAGAACUAGGUCACUUUUGAUGAACUUGUCAAAAUUGGUGAUAAAGAAUGGAGGGAAUUAUCAAAUAUAUAUUUUUUAAAUAUUAAUUUUACAUAGCAGAAAAUAGAAAGUAAGCUUUUUUUUUUUUUUUUUUGGUACUAUUAGUAGCAAGGUAACAGGCUGCCAUUCGCUCCCAAGUUAACCUCUCCACUGUGACGUGCGUCCAUAUCAUAUCACGCAUUCACAUCAGCUAUUUUCCGAGGCCGUUUCAAAAUUGCAAUAAACUUGUCUUCCCGCCGACUUAGUAGCAUCAUGUCGCGUUGGAGCAAGAGCAAUAACAGUUGACAUUGGUAAGGAUGUACACGAGGACGCAUGCACAUUAAACGCUCAAGCAUGCACGUCAUGAACUAUGCAAGUCUCCCAAUAUCACACGCAGCUUCAUUUGCACACCAUCAUAUCAUCAUCGUUCUAUAUCACCACUCGAUUUAUUUUGUGCUCCCUGGGUGCUGUGAUACACUUCGAAACAAGAUGUACUGUUGUACACCAGCAAGGCGCAACACUACGGCUGUGACGUUUGUUUUUAAAAAUGUUUACCCUCCCACCAAAAGAACGUCGUGUAUGCGUGUACUAUUGCGAUUAGUAGUUUAUGUAGCAAAAUGCAAUAACGACAAGUAAUACAUUUCUAGUUUUAUACUAUAGUAUGACAUUCAGCUGUGAGGAAAUGAUGGAAGUAAGAUCAUAUUUCACACACCAAAUGACAAAAGUCCUGCUGGUAAUAUAUACAUAAAUUGAAAAUGCAUUUUUUUCAAACUUGCAGUGCAUAUAUAUAUAUAUAUGUAAAGACUUGGAAAAGUAUCACACAUACUGAAUGUUUUGAGAAGCCUUGUUUGUGAGAAAAUAAGGUGCUGUAAAAGUGAAUGUCAUUUUCCCCAUCAACUAGAUUUUAUCCCCCGAUGCCAACUUUUACAUUUUCCUUUGAUAAUAAACUAACUUAAAUUAAGGACACUACAAUGGUGAAUGAAAGCACAGCACGUCUGUAAAUUGUACUCAUGUCUGUUAAUAGAUUUGUACAAUCCAGUUUUUAGCUUUUUCUUUUUAAAUUGCCAAUUCAUUAGGUACAGCCCUGCAAUCUGCAAUAAAUCCCCUAUCCCCUUAUUGAUAUUAUUAUUAUUUUUAAAAACCCUAAGAAAAAACUGGCAAGUUUGUUCAUUAGUUUUUUUAAUGUUUAUACUUUCAUAUGCAUCAAGGAAAGAAAAUUUAAUUUCAAACAUCACCCAAGUCUUCUUUGUUAAUUUAUUUCUCUUUUUAUUGUUGUUGUGUAUGCACUUUUUUAUUCUCAUUUCUUCAAACGGACAAUUGUGUACAUAUGUUGCUGUUUACCUAUGUAAAAUAAAACAUUUUAAAAA